AUCACAGUGUCGUCAAACACGAAGGAAAACAGAAGAACGACGACGAAAACGAGGAGAAGUACACAUGGAGGAACGAUGAGAAAUCGCUUAUUACUGAUUUUUUAUACCACUACGGUAUUGUGGACUAUUGGUUACACACAGCUGGUUUUGGGUAAACCACCCAUUUUCCAGGAUGGUGGAUCUGUCGAGCAAAAAGUUGCCGUUGAGGGCGAAAUCAUUCGAUUAAAAUGCGACGACGCCGAGCUCGCUGAGCAGUACGAAUGGCGAAUAGGCGACGCAUCUGGCGAGCUCAUUGCCACCUCGAAGUUCUGUGAAGUACAAGCUUCUCGUGUCAAUGACGAAAAGAAAUAUCGAUGUGUUGCUAGGAAUACGGUUGGCGCAGCAAUUUCACCACCAUCUAUGGUUCGCUCCAAGUAUCUUGACGAUUUCGAUGCAUCAGAUGAAUCUGUUCAAUACGAAGUUACAACAGGAGUUGGACGAUACUUUGUGCUCCGAAGGCCAACUCUUCUUGCUUCACGGAAUCUUGAUAUAUCCUAUUCAUGGAUUAAGGAUGACUCUCAUCAGGUCACUCCGGACGCCACACACUUUGUGACCAGUGAUGGAAAUCUCGUGGUUACCGGUGUGAAGAGGGACGAUUUUGGAGCAUACAAGCUGAUGGCCAGUAGUGAUGAUUUGAAAGAAAUUGUAUCCAAAGAAUAUAACGUUAGAGAUAAUGGAUUGAGUCCAUCUCUACAAAACACAUUAUCAAUCGUUUAUUUUCCAACUGAUCGGACUAUCAUUGAAUCAACUCUUCCACACGACGAAAUAUUUGAUUGUGUGACUUCAUUUGGAAGUAAGGAUGAUGUACGAAUUAGAUGGUUUCUGAAUGGUCAACAAAUCAGCGGAUCUGAAGUUGGAAUGACGACUACUUUAAACAAUAGACGACUCAUUAUCUCUAAUCCAUCCAGCUUCACCCGUGGAGAGCAUAAACUCGAAUGUCGUGCUGAUGCAGCAAUGGGAAGAACGUCAGAUCAAAAAUCUGCGUAUAUGACAUUUAUCAGCCGGCCAAUAUUGAAAGACUUGCCUAAUGAAAUACAAAAAACAGUAGGAUCCAGUCUAAGUCUGAAGUGUUCUGUGAAAAAGAAGAGUUCAAUGGAUAUCAAGUGGUACAAGAACGGAUUAAUGAUGACUACACAACGCGGAAAACUUACUAUCGACAGAAUAAAACAAGACGAUUUUGGACUAUAUCAAUGCGAAGCUACCAAUGCAGCAGGUGCUGAUUUAGCUAGUGUUUGGGUGAAAGAAGGUGAAGCUAAUGAGACCGUUGCAACCGAAAUGUCUGAAGAUGGAAUGUCUCUUGAAGAAGAGAUCAGUAUGGAAACUCCACCGCCAAGAAAACUCAAAUUUUUCGACAAUUCCAAGAGUCAGGAGCAAUUAUUUCCAUUCACAUCGGAACUUGAACCAUCACAAAAAUUGAUAAAAACACCAAAGGACUUGACAGUUGCUUCAGGAACUGACAGAAUUAUGAUGGAAUGUGCAGCGACUGGAAGCCCACCACCGAAUAUUAUCUGGCUUUUGAAUGGACAUGAAAUUCAGACGGAUAAUGUGAAGUAUGAUUUGACAAAUGAUGGAUUAGCUAUUCAUGAUAUUCGAAAAUCUGAUGAAGGAGAAUAUACAUGUGAAAUCAGUGGAAGUAAUGUCAAAGCAACGGCAAAUGUUCAAGUAAACGGCGAUUCACUUAUCGAAUAUGGACCAGCUGAUCAGAAGAGUCUUAUUGGUACAAAUGUUGAAUUUUCAUGUGAAGUUGCAAAAGAAUAUGUCAGAAAAGCCUCUGUCGAAUGGUAUCUGAAUGAUGUUUUAUUACCUGUUAACGGAAAUUCUGGAUUGCGAAUUUCGAGAAAUCGAAAAGGAAGUCUUAUCAUUCGUCAAGUUGGACCUGAUAAUACUGGAGAAUAUCGUUGUCGGGUUACUGUAGAUGGGCGAGAGGAAAAUGCCAGUGCAAUGUUGCAGAUUAUUGAAAAACCCGCGAUGCCUGAACGUGUUCGUGCUGAGCUUCACAAUGAGACAAUGCCAGCUAAAGUUCGUGUCCGUUGGAAUGAAGGAUUCGAUGGUAAUGAGCCAAUCAUCAAACAUGCUAUCGAAAUGCGAACAAUGGGACCAACUGGAUUAUGGAGUGAUUGGACAACAGCCAUUGAUAAUAUUCCAAAAGAAGAGGGAAAACCAUGUUGUUGGACAGAUAUCGAAGAUUUACGACCUUCUUCAACUGCAGAAUUCCGAGUUGUUGCAUCUAAUAAACAUGGACCUGGAAAACCAUCACUUCCAUCAUACAGUGUUACAAUGCCUCAACAACCUCCUUCAGCUGCUCCAAGAAAUGUUGCAGCAUCUGCUAGAUCUCCACAUAGUGUAAUGGUACAAUGGCAACAACCGAAAGAAGAACUUGAUAGUGGAGAUGUACUGGGAUAUGUAGUACGGUAUAGGCUUGCUGGAUACAGUUCACUCACCUGGAAUGAGAAGAAUCUGACAACAAAAGAUGCUCGAAAUACUUUAGUUGAUGAGUUGAUUACAUGGAGAGAAUAUGAAAUUCAAGUGGCAGCUUAUAAUAAAAGAGGAUUGGGAGUUUUCAGUGAAAGUAUUGAAGUUACAACAUCAGAAGGAAGGCCAACACAAGCACCAAAGAAUGUUCGAGUGAAAGUUCUCAACUCAACUGCUGUUGCAAUCGAAUUCACUGCUCCAGAACAACAAAGAAUUCCGGGAGUGAAUCUAGGAUACAAGGUUCAAUUUUGGAAGGGUGAACCAGAGAAAGGAGAACUUUACAAGCAAGUAAUCUUGGAUCCGGAUAGACGUCAGCUUACCACUGUUGUUAAUGAACUUGAAAAGUUUGGACAUUACAAUUUAACAACUUUAUGUUUCACGACUCCUGGAGAUGGACCAAGAAGUAAUGUAGUGAAAGUUGUAACUGAAGAAGAUACUCCAGAAUCUGUCGAUGAAUUAAGUAUUGCUGAAGUAAUGUAUAAUGGAGCAGUUAUAACGUGGAAUUCACCAUUGAAACAAAAUGGAAUUGUUACAAAGUAUACGAUUCGUCAUUGGGCAGCAAGUUCACCAGAUGUUAAGACAAAGCAUGAAGUUGAUGGAUCAACUACUAAUUUCACAAUUGAUGGAUUACAACCUUCAACUAGAUAUGGAGUUGAUGUAAUGGCAUCAACUAGAAAAGGAGAUGGUCCUGUUGAGGAGACGAAAUUUGAAAGUGGAGUACCACCUGAACUUCCUGGAAGACCUUCGAUGCUCUCAAUUGGUGAUAUAUCAGCGACAACAGUUCAAUUACAUUUUACUCCUGGAUUUGAUGGUCAUACUGCUAUUCGGCAAUGGGUUGUUGAAGGAAAAAUGGCUGAUUCGAGUGUUUUUGCACAUGUUUUUAAUGUCAGUGCACCGAAAGCUAGAUCAAUUACUGUCACAGGGCUCCGCCCAUUUACCCAAUAUCAAUUGAGAUUAAUCGCAGAAAAUGUGAAAGGACGUGGAGCACCUUCUGAGCCAUCUCGAUCGUUUGAAACUCUUCAAACAAAUCCAGAUACACCAAGUCAACGACUUUUCGCAGAACCUGUAUCAGCAACUUCUAUAUCCGUAUCGUGGACUCCUCUACUAGCAACUCAUUGGAAUGGACAGCCAAAAGGAUAUCUAAUUGUUUAUAGAGAAAUUGAUGAUGAGAAUUGGAAAGAAGUCCGAACGCCUGCACUUCGUUCAAGUGAGCAUACAGUCACAGAUCUUCGACCAUUCACCUCUUAUGAAGUAAAUGUAUUCUCUGAAAAUGGAUUUGGAAGAAGUCUACCAACAGAUUCAGUGAAAGCGAGAACAUACGAAAGUGUUCCAUCAGGAUCACCAAGAAAUAUCGUGGUUACUGCUGAAGGUUCAAAGGCGGCAAUUAUUAAAUGGAAUCCGGUAGCAGAAUUAUCGACGAAUGGAGAUGUGAUCGGUUACAAACUUCGAGUGGUCCCAGAACGAGAAUCUCUUAUGGCUGACGAAACCAAAGUGAUCGAUAUUCCAGGACAAUCAACUCUUAUGGCUAAGGUCUCAGAUUUGCGUCCAUUUACGAGUUAUCAUGUAUACAUGUCUGCUUACACGAUCGUUGGAAAUGGACCUGAAAAUUCGACUCCUAUAUCAUUUGAAACAAUGGAGGAUGUUCCAGCACCACCAGAAUCAUUCCAAUGCUCUUAUAUCAGUGAGCAAGAAGUUCGAAUGAAAUGGUUACCUCCAGGAUCACCAAAUGGAAAGAUUACUAACUACAUAAUUUCUUACUGGAAAUCACACGAACCAAGAAGCAUGGCAAUCGAUGCUCCACUUCUCGGUAAUCUGUUGAUGUUUGCUGCAAUGAGCCUUAAUCCGAAUACACAAUACACGUUUGCAAUAAAAGCUCGAAACAGCAAGGGAGAAAGUGAGGAAGCUGUCGCUGAAGUUAUGACGUCAUCCGUUAGAUUGCCUGUACGAAAUGCCCCAGCUCCAGUUCGUGACACUCUGUCACAACAUCAAGCAACAGAGAUCAUAAUCAGAUGGGAUGAAUCUCUACCGAGAAAGCUGACAGAAGAUGCAGAGAGUCCUGUUCGUGCAGUCCAAGUUUCUUAUCAAAAAACAAAUGAGGAUGAAUGGAUUACACUGGAGAAGAAGUUUGAAUAUUCAAAACGACGUUCUGUCAUCAAACAUUUGUCUCCGAAUUCAAUGUUCCGAUUCCGUAUCCGUUUUAUUGGUGAUUUCCUCGAAUCAUCUUGGUCUCCAGAAUCAGAAUGGAUGAGAACUCUUCCAUCAGCUCCAUUUGCUCAGCCAAUUUCUCUGAAAGCAACACCUUACGAGAGAAAUAGUGUACAACUUGAAUGGGUGGUUCCUCAUAAGUCAACUUGGAACAGUGAUGCUAUUGGAUACCGUAUCCAUUAUCGCGAGUAUCCAUCGAAUGAAACGUGGCAAAUGGAAGAGAUAGCAAUUCGUGAUGAACAUGAAGAUAAAGAAGAAAAGAUUCUGGCCAAGUUGGAUAGUUUCAAACAUUAUAUCCUUCGAAUGAGAAUCUUUAAUUCGGAAGGUGAAGGUCCAUUUUCUGCGCCAGUUUUUGCAUAUGUUGGAUACUCGAUUCCAAAAAGAAAUCUAAACAAUAUCAUAACCGAACCCCUCUCAUCUUCGUCAAUCCGUGUGAAAUGGGAUGCUUGGCCUAAAGAAGACAGUGAAACAAUUACAUCAUUUAAAGUUCGAUACGUUCCAGUUGCUUCAGUUCUCAGCUCUGUUAGCAGUGAAGAAGAAAUAAUGAUUGUCGACACAAAUGAAUGCACUCUUAAUGAUUUACGCAAAUUCACAGAAUAUCAGAUCUCAGUUUCCCCUUACAAUCGAGCAGGAGAAGGAAAAAUGUCUCAAGUGCGAGACAAAACGUUGGAAGACAAACCUGGACCUGUUGGAAUUCUACGUUUCAGUGAUGUACUCAUGGAUUCUGUCAAAGUUUCAUGGGAUGAACCUUCACAACCGAAUGGAAAUGUUAUCGGUUAUAUUGUCAACUAUAAGGGAUAUCGAAUGCAGGAAGAGUUCAAGAAUGAAGAUCAGCAACGAACUUCAAGAAACUAUUUCGAUACACAUGGUCUAGCCGAAGGUGUCACCUACUUCUUCAGUGUAUGGGCUGAAACUUCUGCCGGAAAAGGAGAGCAAAGAUCGGCAAAUGUGACUAUUGGGCCGAGCAAAGACGGGCCCCCACCUCCCAGUAAGCCUCAGAUUACUUCAGGACAGAGUUAUGUGACAUUGAACUGGAAUGAUGUUGCGGACUCUGAUGAAAUUGUUGGGCACUUGCUUCAAGCUAAACGUGUUUCUGUUGCUGAAGAAGCACCUGCUAAUGGAUAUGUAUCACAGCGACCACGUAGGAAUGAGAUCAAAGGAGCAAAAAGUGCAGCUCAAACUGCUGCUGCAACAUCAACUCGACCGACUCAUCCAAUUGGAGAAUGGAUUACAUUGAGGCCAACGGAAGGGAGAAGUGAGAAGGAACAAGUCUCAUACAGAGAACUUCAACCAUCCAGUUAUUAUGCCUUUAGAGUAUUCACGAGAAAUGUUAGAGGAAUCGGAAUGGCAAGUGUCGAAACAGAGCAACUUUUUGUUCCUGAAUCGAUUCCGGACGAUCCAUUCUACACAACAUGGUGGUUUAUGGCAUUAGUUGCAAUGGGUGCAUUUGUGUUGAUUGUUAUCAUAAUUGCAAUUUUAUGUGUGACCGGAAGCUCUGCAAAAUAUCGUCGAGAAAAACGAUCCCGAUCUAUUGACAGUCUUCAACUGGCCGAUGGAAACUUUGCAUCAUUCCAAUUAAAAGGAACAUCAGCUGCCAAUAUGACUAGAAGCCGAGAACUUCCAACUCGACCGGGAACCACUCAAUCUUGGGUCUCCGAUCAAUCUCGAGAACCUCCAGCAUAUGGAAGUGUUCUUGGCGGUUCACGGAAUAGUGGAGGUGUGAUGAAUAUGUAUGGAUUGGCUACAGAUGUUAUACCACCACUCCCGAACUCUGGGCCUCCACAUACAAGUGUUGAAGCCAUGCAGAAGCUUAGUGCUCUUGUUGGAAGAGAUAUUAGGAGUCAGAACACUGCUUAUGUUACUCCAUCAGCUCGAGGAGGUUCAGACAAUGGACGAAAUGAAUACAUGCCGACACGAUCAGAUCUUUACGCAACUCGAUCAGAAUAUGGCCGAGUCGAAUACAGAGGACAUAUACCAUCUUCGUCUGGAGGAUCUGGAGCUGGAUCACAGCCACAAGGAAGCCCCCUACAACAGCCAGAAGUGUACGAUUCGUUUGAUGAAGAAGAAGACGUUGUUGAUGAUGAUACUGUAAUUCGUGGUGAUCGAACAAUGACUGAUGGUGUUGAUGAUAUUGCUAGGCAUUAUGGAUCAACUGAUCAGUAUAGAGAUACAUGGAGAAAAGUUAGAGACACGGAUAUGGUUAGAGCGCCUAUCCUAACUGGUCACCCGAGCAGUGCAGCAGGCAGAUCUUCAACAACUGAUAGCACGAGUGAAGGUCCAUGGGCUAAUAUUCCAGCAACUCCCAAUUUGACUACUGGUUUCUCCAGUUUUGUCUAGAUUUCUCCACGAUUUUCAAAAGCUUUUUAAAUCACAUUCUUAUCCUCUUUUAGAUGUAUAUAGAUUUUUCAUCUGUCUGUGACUUGUUCCAUUUCUGUCUCAAUUUUGUUGUUCAAAAUUCUUGCCGUUUUCUUUUUUUUUCUUCACAAAUGGUUUUUUUUUCUGUACCAUUCGGAUACUUAAUUUCUCUCCCUUUUCCUGUACCGGUGACAUACGCCAAGUUGUCCACUUAAUUUCCCUGAAACAUAAUUAUAUCUGGCCGAUUUUCUCUAAAACGGGUUUUCAUAAUGAUGAGUUUUUUGUCUUUUUCCCCCUCAUUUUCAGCCCCAAUUUUAGAAUCUCGUUUAUUCUUUUUUGCAUUUUUUGUUUUUGUAUUUUUUAUAUUUUGAUAAUAUUUUCAGUUCAGCUUAGUUUGAACUCUAGAAGAAAAUGAAUUAUUUCAUUU